CCCAGCGAAGGCACGAAGGCACUCGGGUACCGUCUUCUCUACUUCCCAAGCAAAAGCAGUCCCCAGCUCCACACUCUCUCUCGCUCUCAAAUCCUCCCUCCUCCUCCUCAAAUCUCCGGCAGUUUCCUCGCCUCGCCGGCGGCGGCGGACGCGGGGGAGAGACAAGAUCCUUCCGGUCGGGGGGUUUCCUCGUCGCUCCGCCGGGACGGGACGGAAGGGAAGGGAAGGGGACGGAAGGCAUGUCGUCGCAGGCCGGGAAAUUGACGCCGAAUCUGGACCAGAACAGCACCAAGGUGCUCAACCUCACCGUCCUCCAGCGCGUCGAUCCCAGCAUCGAGGAGAUCCUCAUCACCUCCACCCACGUCACGCUCUACGAAUUCAACAUCGACAGCAACCAAUGGAGUCGCAAGGAUGUCGAAGGAUCUCUGUUUGUUGUCAAGAGGAAUACUCAGCCGCGGUUUCAGUUCAUCGUGCUGAAUAGGCGAAGCGCAGAUAAUUUGGUAGAGAAUCUGCUUGGAGAUUUUGAGUAUGAAGUCCAGGUUCCAUACUUGUUGUAUCGUAAUGCAGCGCAAGAAGUUAAUGGCAUUUGGUUCUACAAUCCACGCGAAUGCGAGGAGGUUGCAAAUCUCUUUACUAGGAUACUCAGCGCGUAUUCAAAGGUGCCCUCAAAGCCAAAGCCUUCAACCAAAAGUGAAUUUGAGGAACUUGAAGGAGCUUCAAGCUUGUCUGUCAUGGAAACACUGCUAGAGCCAUCCCCAACAGCUCCUGCAAUUGACUCUCCUGAAGACUCAACAGCAUUUAUGAACUUCUUCAAUAUGGCUUUGAAUAUUGGAAAGCAUGCCGACCCGGUGAAGUCUAUGCAGCACAACCAUUCUGCUGCAACUGUGCCUUUAUCUCCCCUUGUACCCACUGUUGCUUCAUCUCCUGCACCAAAUCCUGACAUGCUAAAUCUCUCUCUUUCGUCUCCCUAUUAUCCAAUACCUCGGAAUGAUUCUUCUGAUCUUUCCAAUGGCAGCGACCAAUUUAGCCGUCUAAUCAAGCCUUCUUCCUUUUUAUCAACCCCAUCGUCCUCGUCUGCACUGUUGCUGCCUCCAAUCUCAUCUUCAAAUCCUACUGCUGCUUCCCUUCGUCCUCCCCUGAAUUUGCAACACCCACAUGGAACUCCUCUGCUUAAUCCAUUCCCUCCUCCCACUCCAUCGGCAUCUCUUACUCCUAUUCCUACUCCUCCGGCUGACAGACCCUUAAUCAACAGAGAGAGAGUUCGUGAUGCACUUGUUAUGCUCGUUCAGGAUGAUCAGUUUGUUGACAUGUUCUACCAGACAUUGCUGAAGGUACAGUUCAAGUGAGUAAAACGAAAAAGCUGAUUUCCUUCUCAGAUUGAUGGAAGUAGGAGCGCACAUGUGCAUAGCUCGCUUUCGUGUCAUCUAUGAAAACAAUAUCCGGCAGACUGUUGUCAAUAUGUAAAUGCUCUUGCUUUCUUUCAAUCUUGACCCGUUCCUUUGCUCACUAUAGACGAUGUAGGAUCAGAAGGAGAGAUGGAAAAUGUUUUACCGUGAGAUCUUCUAAUGGCUAUUGUGAAUAUCGAGUUUGUCUGGGGAACGAGAUGGCCGGUCCUUGCCUUCUUACAGUUUCCUUUUUGGCAUACUCGCCGUCAUACAUUUCAGUUCAGACUACACUUUGUAGCUGACGGAGACAGCAAUACCCAUCUUUUCUAGAGGCGUUUCCUUUAAGAUUGAGGGAGUGUUCUCUACGGUAGGACCAUGCUUGACAAAACGGUGUAGGUCCUCAAUCAACAUCCUCUCGAAGAUGAUCAUGGCUUGCGGAU